AUGGGUGGUACAGCUUUUGCACCUGAGGGUCUCGACACCCCACGCAUGUCACCUGAAGUCUACAACGCUAUCCUCGCGAGGAUCGAGGCUCUGCUGCGCCCUCACUUUAGACUUGUUGGCCAUGCUCUCGAGGGGCCUGCCAAGGAGUCUCAUGGGGAUAUCGACGUGCUUGUUGCAGAGCCAUUGGCUUCCGGCGGAGAUGCUACUUGCAAUGGGCACUCAGCAACCAGCGCCAAAACUAGGCGUGUAACGGGAGCGGCUUUGGCAAGCAUACUGGGUGCCGACCAUUGGAAGAAAAACAGCGGUACUAACACUUUCAAUCUGGCAUUGAAGUGGCCACAAGAGUUGGAUUCCGGGGUUGUCUCGGACAAAAUGUCAGACAACGGUGACGAGACUAAAGAAGGCCGAAAUGUCAAUACACAGAUUCCGGCAGAGACAGGCGGUUCUUCAAUUGAUUGCAACGAUCAAGUCAUGCUUGCGGUGGCUGACGAAGGAGAACAAGCGCGAGUUCAGAACGAUGUCAAUGGACAGAGAAACGGUGUCGGUCUUGUUGAUGGCAUUGCCACCUACCCUGCCACAGCAGGGAGGUACAUUCAGGUCGACAUCACCAUAUGUCCUACCGAGGAAUACUUCAAAUGGCACCUAUUCUCCUACGCCCAUGGUGAUAUGUGGAACAUACUUGGCGGGAUCAUCCGCCGGUUCGGAUUGACAUGUACAUCCAAGGGCCUCUUCAUGCGAAUCGCCGAAGUUGAGUCUCACAACAAGGAACAGUCUCGCGUCAUACUGACGACGGACCGGACUGCGGUUCUAAACUACCUUGGACUCGAUGUCAAGAGGUACUGGAAGCCCUUUGCUAAUUGGGAUGAGAUGAUGGCGUAUGCUGCCACGUGUCGAUUCCAUGAUCCGGGUAGAUGGAAAGAACGGACGACUGAGAAGGAAAACAAAGCAAAUACAAGCUCCUCGGAGGAAGUUCCGCUGCCUGAUGUGGCAAUGACUGAGAAAAAGGUGGCCGGGCUCAAGACGGGCAACCCAGAAGUGAAGUGUCUUCAGCUAAAAGCCAACGAUCGUCAACGAGGAGCCAAACGACCUGUAUUCGGAUACUGGAUCACCGAGUAUCUCCCUGCGCACGCGAACGACCUGCCAGGUAGAGACGCACACUUGUCGAGACAGGAAGUCGUCGACGAUGCCAAAGCGUACUUUGGACCGGCGUUUGCGAUGAGAUUCGACGAGCGCAAAACCAAGUGGACACGGCUGAUCAAGGUAGAUCAACUAUGGGCGGAUAUCAGAAAGAGCUUGCCCGUCCAAGGCGCCGAAAUCGGAUAUGUCAUGAAGGGGAUGAAGAGGGAGAUCGCGGGGAAAGAAAAGGGAUGUCCGAUUACCACAAAUGAAGAUGGAGAGGCAGAGACUGUCGACAGCCUGAUGCUUCGAGAUCUCCGCGUUCAGGACCCCGCCGCGUCGGCUCUCAGAAUCGCCUUCCUCGAAGAACGCUUCGAAGACAUCUUAGAGUGGGCGAAAACCAACUGGAAAGAAGUGGCAGAGCGGCAGAAGAGAUAUGAAGUGGAGAAAAAUCGAGCCCAACAGUUUGAGAAGCGAAACAAGCAGGCGGCAGCGAACGUGUUGUGGGCAGAGCGACCUGGAUCAACACUACAUGAGAUGCUGAGUGCAGGUACUUAUGGAGACUGGUUGCGCGCACAGCGUAUGCCACCGCAAGGCAAGGAACACCACGGUUGA